UUAGAUCUGUAUAGAGCACGUGAAAAUUGUAGUCCAAGUCCUAACUAAGUCAUGCAUAUGGCCGGAGCAAAGGUUAGAAUUCCGGUGACUUGCCGCCAAGCCAAUGAUAUUGGCAAAUACUGCGGCGGACCCGAAAGUGGUGCCAUCAUGAUUUUUGGGUUUCUAGAAGGCGAAGAGUGCUUGCCGGAAAGCCAAUGCAAUUCCGGCGAGAGCAACAACUUUGAUGGCAUUGACAGUGUAGAGUUUGAUGAUGAUAAUUCAGAGGAUGAGAAUGUCAACAAUGUUGAGGAGAAUAAGGCUUUCUGGGAAUCGAAGGACCAGCUUCUCCGGGCAACUUUGUGUAGGAGUAGUUCUAUUGAGUCCAAAAUUAGGCAGGCUACGAAGGAGGCACUGAGAGAGUUAAAAUUGGCGGGUGUUAGUUGUAGUUGCCGUAGAGCGGUGGUUGAUGGUUGCCGCGAUUGCCUGCAAAGAGAAAUCUCCGACCGCCUUCGAGUUGCUGGUUACAAUUGUGCUAUUUGCAAAUCCAAGUGGAGGAGCUCACCUCAUAUCAUCUCGGGGGAGCAUACCUAUCUAGAAGUGGUGGAUCCCUCAAACCCUAAGAAAGGUGAGGUGAGAGUGGUGAUUGAGUUGAAUUUCCGGGCAGAGUUUGAGGUGGCAAGAGCUAGCGAAGAGUACAAUCGAUUAAUUAGCCGACUACCGGAAGUGUUCGUCGGGAAAGCCGAAAGACUAAGAGGGUUGAUCAAGAUUUUGUGUUCGGCGGCCAAAAAAUGUAUGAAGGAUAAUAAGAUGCAUAUGGGUCCAUGGAGGAAGCACAAACACAUGCAAGCUAAGUGGAUCGGGGCGUGUGAGAGGACCACAUUGACACCAAUUCAAUCGGCCGGCCUUUUGAACCGACGGCCCAAGCCCAGGGCUUCCAUGCUAACCUUUGAUUUGGUAGGAAAUUCCGCGGUUAAAGUUGUGUGAGAACACCACUUUUUUUCAAUUGAAAGUUUCGUGUAAAUAAAGUAAAAAUGGUUUAUGUGACAAAA